GGAAGCGAUGGGUGUUUACAGGAAGGGAAAACCAACAGCAGGGGGAGGGCUGGGUUUGCUUUCUCUUUCCGUUUCAUCACUGCAAAGCCGCACACAGCAGCACAACCAUGGAUGCUCUGGUGCUCCCGAUGCCGGCCCCGCUGUGCCUGGUGAACAACAAGAAUGGCGAGCUGUCCCUGGACCCCACGGCGCUGGCAGUGCUGCAGGAGGUGGCCCAGCCCCUGGUGGUGGUGGCCAUCGCCGGGCCCUACCGCACUGGGAAGUCCUUCCUGAUGAACCGGCUGGCACAGAAGCGCACUGGCUUCCCGCUGGGCCCCACGGUGCAGGCAGAGACCAAGGGCAUCUGGAUGUGGUGCCUGCCUCACCCACAGCGGCCCGAAGCGAUGCUGGUGCUGCUGGACACCGAGGGGCUGGGAGACCCCACCAAGGGUGACAGCCAAAACGACGCCUGGAUCUUCACACUGGCGCUGCUGUUGUCCAGCACUCUGGUGUACAACAGCAUAGGCACCAUCGACCAGAAGGCACUGGAGUACCUCGAGCUGGUGACACAGCUGUCGGAGCUGAUCCAGGUGCGGGACAGGGACAAGGAUGGCAACAACGGCGCUGAAAGAGAAGAUGAGGCCGAGGACUGCGAGUUCAUGCGCUUCUUCCCCAGCUUUGUGUGGGUGGUGCGGGACUUCACACUGGAGCUGCGUGUGGGCGAGCGGCCCAUCAGCGAGGACGAGUACCUGCAGCAGGUGCUGGAACUCAAGCACGGGUACGGCCGCAAGGUGCAGAACUACAAUGCGACGCGGCAGUGCCUCCGCAACUAUUUCCCCACGCGGAAGUGCUUCGUGCUGCCUUCGCCACUGGGCACAGAGGAGCACGGGCGCAUGGAGGAGCUGCCCGAGGCCGCCUUGGCCCCACGCUUCCUCCAACAGGCAGCCAAGUUCUGCAACUAUGUGCUGAGCUCCUCCAGGCUCAAGACGCUGCCUGACGGCAGAGCACUGACAGGGCGAGCCCUGAGCACGCUGCUGAGCAGCUACGUGGAGGCCAUCAACAGCGGGCGUCUGCCCUGCCUGCAGGGAGCAGCAGCAGCCAUGAUGGCCAACGAGAACGCAGCUGCGGUGGCGGCAGCGCUGGAGGCCUAUGCCGGGGGCAUGCGGGGGCUGUCACUGCCCACAGAGCCCGCACAGCUCUCGGCCGCGCACGGGGAGCACCUGCACGAGGCGCUCGUCGUCUUCCAGCAGCGCAGCUUCCGGGAUCGCAACCAGGAGCACCAGCGGCGCCUCAUAGAACAGAUCAGCGCGGAGUACAGCCGCCUGCAGGAGGAGAACAAUGCAGCAUCACGGCAGCUCUGCAAGGCGCUGCUGGCUGAGCUGGCGGGGGCACUGGAUACCAGCCUGUCCCGUGGGGCCUACGCACAGCCCGGUGGCUACCGCGCCUACGAGGCCGAGCGGCAGCGGCUGCUGGAGGCCUACCGGCAAGCAAAGGCCAAGGGCCCCAAGGCCGAGGAGGUGCUGGAUGAGUUCCUGGCGGAGCGCCGGGCAGAAGCGGAGGCAGUGCUGAAGGCAGACAAGGCACUGAGCGAGGCUGAGAAGCAGCUGGAGGACCAGAAGCAGCAGACGCAGCUCCUGGAGCAGCAGCAGAAGGCGACGGCGGAGCGCGAACGGCAGCUGCAGGCGCUGCUGGCGGACGAGCGCAACAGCUACGAGCAGAACCUGCGAGCCCUCGAGGCCAAGAUGCAGGCGGAGGCGGAGAGCGCGCAGCGGGAACUGGACCGGGCGCUGGAAGCGAAGCUACGGGAGCACAGCGAGCUACUGCAGCACGGCUUCAACGAGCGGGCGGCGCUGAUCGAGCGAGAGAUGGAGGCGCUGCGGCUGGAGAUCAACAGCAAGAAGCACGAGCUGGCGGCCAGCAUCUUCGACGCCGUGAGCGCCGCCUUCAAGUUCGUCAUUGCGCAAAUGCAGGACGAGUCCCGGAGCACAGCCGUGAAGGCGACUGCACGCCGCAAAACCUCCGCCCGCCCCGCUCUGGCGGCCCAAUAAAGCGCUCCUCCCGCCCCCCGCUCUCCGCGUCCCUGUCUCGCGGCGCUUCCGGCGCGGUGACGUCAUAACCCGUGCGACCAGAACCGACUGCGCCCCCUUGCGACGGCACCGCGGCGCGGCACUGGGAGGGGCGGAAGAAGGGAACGAACGAAACCUUUGAUUGGGUGGCACGAUCUCGCGAGAGCGUGGGCCUUCCGUCUCCUCCCCGGCUGGUGGAGCUCACUUCCGGGUGUCCCGCGCGUGUGGGCGGCGCCUGAGCUGCAGUCCCGUUUGUGCCCGUAAGGCACCGCAACGUGCCGCAAGGCAGCAGAGCAGCGCCAUCGCAGGCCGCGGCGAGCGUUUGGAACAGCAGAAAUACCAUAUAUUCUAGUGGCAUCUGUUAGAAACAUGGGUCUUGAAUUAUGUGGUCAAUUCUCUCUUGCAAAACUGCAAAUAUGUUUCCCUGUACUUUAACUAUCAGAUCACAAUAUAGAUAUUCUUUUGCAAGUCUCAAAUUGUCCAGAAUAGGUCUGGGUGUUAAUGGGAUUAGAUCUGCACAUAGGAAUUUCCCAGGAUCUACAGGCUCAGGGCAGAGAAGGCAUCAGCACCCAUGAGAAACACAAAGCUUUCAGCAUCCUGGAGAGCAGUGCCAGGAAACAAACCCUGUCCCAAACACAGAAGUGUCCUGCUAGCUUCUCCUCCAGGCCUUACCUUCACUGCUCAGCGCAGCAGGUGCCUUUGCCUUGUGGCCAUCCCAGAAGAAACGCAGGGCAGCAAUGAGCUGGUGCAGGAAGCACACCAUGUACUCUGGCGGGCACAACACAGUCAAG